UUUAUUCCACUUCUGUAACUUGUAAAAAUUGUUGUACGUGCAUUUAUAUUCAGUGUUGUAGUUUUCAAAUAUUUUUUGUUCUGCUCAACGGUGAAAGUCAGUUUAAGCUGCAAAAUGGCACUGAUAACGGCUUAUUGGGGCCUGGAUGGCAUAUUAGUUCUGAUGACUCUCAUGAUAACCGCCUACCUUUACAUGACACGUAAAUUCAAGUACUGGAAGAAACGGGGCAUUUUGGAAGUGACACCGACACCUUUCUUUGGCAAUUUCAAAGAAUGUUUAUUCCUGAAGAAAGCCCCGGCAUAUUUCCUAAAAGAGCUCUACGAAGAAACAAAGGAACUACCUUAUAUGGGCUUCUACGUAUUGGACAAACCUUUCUUGCUGGUUCGCGAUCGAGAAUUAGUCAAGAACAUUUUAGUGAAAGAUUUCAAUUGCUUCUCCGAUCGAUACAACACGGCAGAUCCGAACGAUCGUAUAGGCUAUGCAAAUCUCUUUUUUAUGAAGAAUCCAACCUGGAAAACGAUAAGGACGAAACUAACGCCAUUUUUUACGUCUGGCAAAAUGAAAAAAAUGUUCAAUUUGAUGCUAGAAUGCGUAAACAAUUUAGAUGAAUAUCUUGAUUCGCUAAACUUGGAAGGUAAAGACGGAAAGACGAUAGAAGUGAGAGAAUUAACCGCCAAGUUUGCCACGGAUAUAAUCGGCAGCACCGCUUACGGACUCGACGUAAAUUCGUUCAAAAAUCCGAACGCAGAGUUUCGCAAAUAUGGCAAGAUGAUAUUUCAGUAUGACGCCUUCCGCGGCUUUGAAAUGCUCGCGAUAUUUUUUCUCCCAUCGAUAGUCCGUUUGAUACGAAUAAAGAUGUUCGGCAAAGAGCCCACUGAGUUUAUGCGUAAAGUGUUUUGGGAGACGCUCACACAACGUAUGAAAUCUGGCGAAAAAAGGAACGACCUCGUCGAUAUCCUUCUCGAACUCAAAAAUAGCAAUGAUCAGAGCCUCAAAGAUUUCACAUUCGAUGGCGAUGAUCUCUUGGCACAAGCAGCUAGUUUUUUCUCAGCUGGUUUUGAAACCUCUUCAACGACUACGGCCUUCGCGUUGUACGAACUCGCGAUACAACCCCAGAUUCAAAACACUCUACGAAAAGAACUUCUCGAGGGGCUCCAGAAAUCUAAUGGAAAGAUUACAUACGAUAUGGCAUGGUCAUUACCGUAUCUCGACAUGGUGAUCUCAGAAACUUUGAGAAUGUACCCGCCAUUGGGAUACGUAAAUCGCAUGGCUAUGCAAACUUAUAAAGCUCCGGAGUAUAAUCUCGUAAUUGAGAAAGGUACACCAGUUUACAUCUCAAUGCUUGGCAUGCAUUAUGACCCCGAAUAUUUCCCCAAUCCUAAUAAAUUCGAUCCGGAACGAUUUACCGAGGAGAACAAACGUAACAGACCGGCAUGUGUCUAUUUUCCAUUCGGAGAGGGCCCACAUGCGUGUAUAGGCAAUCGCUUCGGACUUUUGCAAGCGAAGUUAACACUGCUUCAGAUCUUGAGUAAAUACGAGGUGAUACCGUGUGCAAAAACUUCGAUACCAGUGGAAAUUGAUCCACGAGGGGCCAUGACUGUGCCGUUAAAUGGCGUAAUAUAUCUCAAUUUCCGAAAAAUUAAUACCAAGACUACUUAAACCUUGACAGAAUAUUCUUGAGCCAAAAAAAUAUGUAUAAUUAUUUCUUUACUCGAAAUGCAACUAACGUUUUAUUAAUACAUUUGUAUGUGAUUAAAUAUACAAGAAAUAAAUAUAUUGUAAGAAUAAAGUGUCCAUGUUUGUUGCACAUAAGUUGCAGCAUAAAUUGAUAAUACAUUAGAGAAAA